AUGGGGAUGGAGCAUCUGAUGAGUGUCGUGAAUCCGUCAUCAGGUUACAUCUUACAAAGAGGUCUCGAACGCCGUGGUGAUGGGACGAUGGAGGAAAAGAAAGAGCUACAGAAGCAGAGGACAGAAAAAAUGAUGGAAGCCUACCAAAACACAGAAAGCAGGGAUGGAGUGAUCAGAUGUCCAAUUCCAUGCAAAAGCAGCAGACCGUACAGGGAGUAUGAUUUUAAAAGUGCACAAGAUCUCUCUGAUUUUAUGGUGAGCAAGGCUUCUCCUCCAUACUUCAUGGGAUCUCCACCAGUUCGUGCAAGCAAUCCCCUUGUCAAUGACAGGCAGUUCUGUGCUUGGAAAGUACAAAGCGUUGAUGAGUCACUCGGCAUUCCUAUACCAACCAGGGGCUACCGCGUUGGCUACAACAAAAGGGGAGGGGCUGCUACAGAGGAUUGA